CUUUGCCUUCGUUCUCUCCAGAAAUCUCCAAACUCUCCACCAAACAGCAUAGAAACACUCCUCCAUCAUGUCCCUUCUCACCCACCUGUUGGCAUGUCUGUUCGGGAUGGGCUCCUGGGUCUCCAUCAAUGGCCUGUGGGUGGAGCUGCCCCUGAUCGUCCCACAGAUCCCGGAGGGCUGGUACCUGCCCUCUUACCUCUCCGUGAUCAUCCAGAUGGCCAACGUCGGCCCUCUCUUCGUCACUCUGAUGCACCGCUUCCGGCCUGGCGUCCUGAACGAGACCGCCGUCAUAUAUAUGAUCAUCAGCCUGGGUACUGUGGCGAGCUUCCUGAUGGGUUUCUUCUGGAAGGAGACCAUCGUUGUGGCCGGUGUCUCUCGCAGUGUAGCCCUCCUCGUCUUAACUUUCUUCCUCUCUGUUGUUGACUGCACUUCCUCCGUCACCUUCCUGCCCUUCAUGAUGCGUCUCAAGCCCCAGUACCUGACCACCUACUAUAUUGGGGAGGGUGUGAGCGGCCUGCUGCCUGCUCUAGUGGCUUUAAUCCAGGGUGUUGGGGUGGUCCACUGCAUAAACAGCACCCAGUCUCUGAAGCACACACUGAACUCCACCAACAGCUCUGUGACCUUUGACCUCCUGGCUCAGUAUCAGCCAGCCAACUUCUCAGCUGAGGUGUUUUUCUUCUUCCUCAGUGCCAUGAUGCUGGUGUGCCUGGGGGCGUUCCUGCUGCUGAACUACCACCCAUCUGUGGCCAGGGAACGUACCAAUGAUCUGUACACCAACGGGCUAAAAGAGAAAUCUCAGGCAAACAGGAAGUGGGUCGAGCAGAAGCCCAUGAUUGAUCCAAUCAGAUGCACAAACCAGAAGUGCAGAAGCAGCUUUGGUACUGGCUCUUACAGCUGGAUGCAGGUGUUUUAUAUCUUUGUGAUCCUGGCCUGGGUGAAUGCUCUGAGCAACGUGGUGAUUCCCUCGGUGCAGUCCUACUCAUGCAUGCCGUACGGGAACAAAGCCUACCACCUGUCAGCCACCAUGGCUGCCGUGUCAAACCCUCUGGCCUGCUUCAUCGCCAUGUUCUUCCCUAUAAGAUCUCUGCUGCUGAUGGGAGCUCUCACGGUGAUAGGCAGUGGACUUGGAGCUUAUAUAAUGGGCAUAGCAGUGCUGAGCCCAUGUCCAGUGCUGGUGCAUGAAACUUCAGGUGGUGUCAUCAUUGUGUUGGCCUGGAUCCUCUUUAUUCUCACUCUAUCCUAUGUGAAGGUGAUCAUCGGGGUGAUCCUGCGUGACGAGGGCCACAGCGCCCUCGUGUGGUGCGGAGCUGUAGUGCAGCUGGGCUCCCUGCUGGGAGCUGUGACCAUGUUUCCGUUGGUCAGUGUGUACAACUACUUUUCAUCAGGAGACCCGUGCAACACAAAAUGCCCCUAA